AUGAAUACCGAUUAUAAGCCGAGCAGUAGCUCGACCAUGACUGCUCGACAGUUUAAUCCUCAGCAGGGUGUAGCCACUCCUCAGCAAAAGACUGUUGGUCGCGUGCAAGGAUCAACACCCUCAAGUAACGUUUUAUCUGCCUUCGAGUGUCCAGUUUGUUUGGAUUACAUGAUGCCUCCAUAUCUUCAGUGCCAAAGCGGACAUCUUGUUUGUGGAAACUGCCGUCCAAAGCUUACAUGUUGUCCUACUUGUAGAGGACCAGUUCCAAGUGUUCGCAAUUUGAUUUUGGAAAAAAUUGCCAAUACUCUUAUGUUUCCAUGUAAAUUCUCUAAUUCUGGCUGCCCGCUGACUUUUUCUCACGUGGAGAAAGUUGAACACGAAGAAGUUUGCGAGUUCCGGCCCUACUGUUGCCCGUGUCCUGGCGCCUCUUGUAAAUGGCAAGGAGAAUUAUCUGAGGUGAUGAACCAUCUCAUGAAGGUGCAUAAGUCUAUCACAACUUUGCAAGGGGAGGAUAUUGUGUUUUUGGCAACAGAUAUUAAUCUCCCGGGUGCAGUCGACUGGGUAAUGAUGCAGUCUUGCUUCGGCUGCCACUUCAUGCUUGUUCUGGAAAAGCAGGAGAAAUUCCAGGAUGGUAACCAGAUGUUUUAUGCGGUUGUACAGCUUAUUGGGACUAGGAAACAAUCAGAGAACUUUAUUUACAGAUUAGAACUUGCCACUCAACGACGCCGGUUUAGUUGGGAAGCGUCGCCUCGUUCAAUACACGAAGGGGUAGCUCACGCCAUUUCUUCUUCUGACUGUAUGGCUUUUGACACACAAACAGCCCAACUUUUUGCUGAAAAUGGUAACUUAGGGAUAAAUGUUACAAUUUCUGCUAUUUAG